AUGUCUGAGCACAAGAUCACACUGGAGCAGCUGCAGCACGAGCAGCUGGUGCAAGUAGUUGGCUCCACGCCCAAGAAACGCGAUGAGUUGCAUGUGUUUCUCAUGGGCAAUCAGCCCACACUCUAUCGGCUGUCUCGACGUCAUCUGCUGGCCUUUGGACUGAUCUGCAGCGUGGCAUUGAUCACGCUUUACGCCUACUGGGACGUCAUGAUGCUGACGACGCUGAGUGCUAGGCGUGAUCUGGACACUUCGAACUCGCGACAGCCGCUGGCCACGAGGCUGGAGCGAGAGGUGCGCGUGCUCUGCUGGGUGAUGACCACACCCAAGUACCACAAGACGCGAGCGGUGCACAUACUGCGUACGUGGGGCAAGCGUUGCAACAAGAUCUAUUUCAUAACCUCGGAAUCAGACGAUGAGCUCGACACCAUCGUGCUGACCAAGCCGGACUCAUACGACGUGCUGUGGGGCAAGACAAAGGAGGCCUUCACCUACCUCUACGAGAACAAGCGGCACGAGGCGGAUUGGUUUAUGAAGGCCGACGAUGAUACUUAUGUAUUUGUGGAAAAUCUACGCCACAUGCUAUACCCUUACUCUCCAGAUAUGCCUCUACACUUCGGAUACAACUACAAGCUGUUCCACAAUCCAUUUGGAAAUGCAUCGUACAUGUCUGGAGGCAGCGGCUAUGUGCUAAGUCGGGAGGCGCUGCGUUUGUUUGUGCACGGCAUGAAUGAUAGCAGCAAGUGCCGGCAGGAGGACGAUCAUGCGGAGGACGUGGAGAUGGGUUUAUGUCUUUAUAAUCUGGGCGUACGCGCCGGCGAUUCGCGCGACUUAAUGCUGCGUAAUCGCUUUUUUCCCAUGGCGCCAUAUUCCUUACUUAUGUCUAAGUAUAACGGCUUGGACUUUUGGCUCUUCAAGUACGCCUACUACAAUCCCCGGGCCUGCAUGAACUGCCUCUCGGACUAUCCGGUCGCCUUUCACUAUGUCGCGCCCGAGGAGCUCUAUGUGUACGACUUCUUCUGCUAUCAACUAGAAAUGUACGGACGCACUCCGGUGCAGGAGCAGCUGCCGGAAAAGAUUUUGCCGGGGCAGCUCUAUAUACCUCCAUCUGACAACAGGUACUAUCAAACAUAAAUGU